UGCUACCUCGUUCGUAGUGUCAUAAAGUACUUCAGCUUUUGGACACAUUCAGUGUGCCUUUAUUCCUCUCUUUACGUUUUAAAUUAGCCUUUUGACUUUAAGGAUGGCUAUAGGUAUCUGUGUACUCGCAGAAAUUGUCUCAAAGUUUGAGUAUAUCUCUUUAGGCUCUUAGUUUUCUAGAGAAAUGUCAUAAUGUUGAUUUAUGGAGUCGGUUGGUCAAUGCCUAAUAUUAAGUUUGCUGUUAUGUCGCAUUUACCAUCAUGGUAGGAAAUAUGCUUCUAAAGAACCUCAAUAUAACACUUGUGGAAUCCAAAUGUCCAGGUGAAUUAAAGAUGAACAUGACAACUAGGCAGCAUUAUUUUUCUUAAUGUCUUUUGUCUGUUUUGUUUACCAAUAAGAAGGCUAGAUUGCUCUGCAGUUGAUAGCCUUCCCAGUUAGCAUUGACUUCGGGUGUACUGCAGGGAUUUUGAGGCAGACUUCGGCCUCGAGGCCGUGAUCACUGCAGAUAACCGUCCCACUUUCUUUAAUGCACCCAAAGAUUUUUGCCCCGAAAAUUCUGCAGUGGUCCUAAAGCAAAUACUAGCUGGAUAGUGCUAGUGUAGAUUAAGAACAUUUUACAUUGAAAGAAAUAGUAUAGACUGUUAGCUCAAUACAUUUGGACAUAUUGCAUCUAAUUACCUGCAUAAAUGUCAGCUCACACGUCUACAUCACAACCCCUUGGACGGUUAAACCAGUCCCAUGGAGAAGCAUCGGAUAAUGGCUUGUCUAGAUCUAAUCCAGUACUUCGUAAUCAUCAAUCUUCUCACAUUACUCAUUCAUCUCGUGAUUCUCUCACUUCUCUUAGCCCCGAUCAAAUGCUCGCUUACGGGGCAAAACAGAUAAUCAGUUUGUUUAUACCCGUGACGAUAUGCAUGUUGUUUGUUGUUGCUGUCGCCUCGACAGUUGACUUUUAUGGACAUACAGAACAGUACUUAAUAUAUACACCGUUUCAUACACCAGAUGCUGAUAUUGGUACACAAACAUGGCAGACAAUAGCUAAUACUUUAAUAUUUAUGAGUGUUGUUGUUGUGAUGACAUGUAUUCUUGUUUUAUUGUUCAAGUAUCAAUGUUAUAAGUUUAUCAAGGGAUGGCUAAUUAUGACGACAAUUUUUCUACUUUUCUUAAUAUCAUUCAUGUUUUUCUCUGAAGUUCUUCGUGCUAUGGGUGUAUUUAUCGAUCAUAUUACAGUGGCAUUUAUACUAUGGAAUUUCGGUGUAGUCGGUAUGAUUGUUAUCCAUUGGCGUGGUCCAUUAAUUCUACAACAAGCCUAUCUAAUAUUUAUAUCUGCACAGAUUGCAUUAAUGUUUUUAAAAUAUUUGCCAAAAUGGACAUGUUGGCUUGUUUUAGCCGCUUUAAGUAUUUGGGAUAUAGUAGCUGUUUUAUGUCCACAUGGACCUUUAAGAAUGUUAGUUGAAAUGGCACAUGAACGUCAACAACCACUAUUUCCUGCUCUACUUUAUUCAACAACAGCUAUGUAUCUUGUGAAAAAAUGUCAAUCAAUGAGUACAAGUGAAAAUAAUCAAUCACCUGAGGAGUUGACUAACACACUUUCCAAUGAGGGUAUAGUCAAUGAAGCAUCAAAUCUAGACUGUUCUGUUAUACAACCUUGUCCAACAACUUCAGAAUCUAUUAUCUCAGGUGAUGAACAAAUGACAGUGAAUCGAAGAAACUCUACAAGUAGACACAAUAAUGAAAUACCUACAACUAGUAUGGAGAAUACAAAUACGCCUAGAAUCAACGUAAACAACACUAGCCAUAACAACAACAACAACAACAAUCAUAAUGAGUCUUAUUCAGGAGUACCAUGUGAAACUGAUACACUUGUUAGGCAUCCAGUUGAUCGUUGGAGAGAGUUACAAGCGGAUCUGAUUGAUCGUGAUUCAAAAGGUGUUAAACUUGGUCUUGGCGAUUUUGUCUUUUACAGUCUACUAAUUGGUCGUGCAACACUAGACGGUGAUGCUGUCACUGUGAUCACAUGUUAUGUAGCUAUAUUAGUUGGCAUGUGUAUCACUAUCAUUGUGUUGGGCAUAACACGACAAGCCCUACCGGCCUUACCAAUAUCUAUUGCAUGCGGGAUAUUAUUUUAUUUUGUCAGUUCAGCGACAAUAUCACCAUUUCUUGAAGCGACAGCUAGUCAACGAGUAUUUUUCUAAGCUUUACUAUUACUAAUACUCCCAAUAUCAUCAUUAUUCCCUAAUUAUUAUAUUUCAUUUCUAAACCAUGUUCUCAUCUCAUGACUGCGACCAUCCAACCCUCGUCAUACUCAACUAAACUUCUAUUCGCUGUUCAUUUUUAUUCUGUAAUAAAUCUAUUUCACAUUAUAAUAAAAGCGUUUUUCUCUUUUCCAAUGAAUCAAAAACAAACACAUAUUAUUGUUUUUACUGACGUUUCUCUAUUUAAUGCUGCUAAUAGCUUUAUCAAAGUAUUAUUAAACCAGAAUUUACAAAGUCUCAGCUUAUAUAUAUGUAUAUAACAACUUAAUCAUCGUUCCUCAGCAUGGGGUCAUUUUUGCGUUGUCAAAUUGGCCAAUUGCUAAAGGUAACAAAACCAGGUGUGAAUUGUUGGAUUUGAUAAGUGUGUAAAAUUAUAAUUAUCGAAGCAGCAUGUGUUUACAUAAUGAAAUUGGUUAUCACAUUCGUGUUGAUUUUGUCAUUUCAUGGAGGAGGGGAGUGGGUGUUGCGACCAGGUUAAAUUCUGUUUUAGUCCAUCAUUCGUAUUCAGACAAUUUGGAUUCCAUUUGAUAUGAAGUGCUUCUGAUAUUAAACGUUUUUUGUGAUUUCUGAAAUUUUUCCGGAUUAUUUCAAUAUUGUCAAAAUCAAUUUUGUGGCCGGAUUCUAUAGCGUGUAGACCUAUGGCUGGUGAUUUUUCAAGC